AACGGUAUAGCAUAGGAGUUGCUUAAACUAAGAGAGUCAUAACGAAAAGGUGUAUGAUGUCUCGGAUAAAAGGAAGUUCUUGCUUUAAUAUGGGUCAUGUAUUUUGGACGAUCUGUUUCCUAGGGACAGUUCAUCUUUGUUUCUCCAUCGAGAACCAUUUCGAGGGGAACAGCAGGAUCAUCAAUAAGAGACCAGUCCGACAAAGUACGACCCUCGAAGAUGCUCUGGAGUUUCUUCGUGUGUAUAAUGAGGAAGGGUCACUUGCCCUCUUUACCGCUUACGGAGUGAUGUGGGAUUACGAGGCUAAUAUUACGGAUGAGAAUGCACAGAAAAAUGCUGAGGCAUCGCUUAAGUUGGCUCAAUUCGACAAACGAUCGGCAAUUAAGGCCAAGGAAUUCGACAACGUCGUCGCUGAUUUCCCUGCCGAGGUCCAGCGCCAGUUCGAGUUCAUUCGUGACAUCGGUAUAGCUGCACUCGACAACGAAACCAUCGAAGAGUAUGAUGGAAUUAUGGCAAAGCUAAGUGACAUUUUCAGUACGACCAAGAUAUGCAAGCCCGACAAUGAUUCGUACUGUCUCUAUUUAGAUCCUGGUCUUGAGUCCAUCAUGGCUUCGUCAAGAGAUUGGGAAGAGAGGUUAUGGGCAUGGAAAGGUUUCCGCGACGCAGUGGGAAUACCCAAUAAACCCCUCUACGCAAAAUAUGUCAAUCUUGCCAACCAAGGGGCGAGGGCGAGCGGAUAUGAGGACCAAGGUCAUUAUUGGAGAGCCGAGUACGGUGAUGACAUCGAAGAAAAGGUUUAUGAGAUGUACAAUGACAUCUUGCCUCUUUACAAGCAACUUCAUGCAUAUGUGAGGAGAAGGCUUCAUGGGGUGUUCGGUGACAAUAUCGAUGUGAAUGGAGGCCAUCUUCCUGCUAACGUUCUUGGUGAUAUGUGGGGUCGUUUCUGGGACAAGAUCUAUCCCAUGGUAAUACCCUACCCAGAUCGCCCAAGUGUAGAUGUAACCGAGGCUAUGGUGGAAAAGGGGUACAAUGCUACGCAUAUUUUCCAUACGGCCAAUGAAUUCUUCACUUCGCUAGGCUUGAUUCCUGUUAAUGACAAAUUCUGGGAAAACUCGAGGUUCACCCGACCCUCAGAUGGACGGGAAGUAACCUGCCAUCCAUCAGCUUGGGAUCUUUCCCAUAAUGAUGACUUCAGGAUCUUGAUGUGUACGGAGAUAACAAUGCAUCACUUCAUGGUCGCACAUCAUGAGAUGGGUCACAUCCAGUACUUCCUCCAGUACCAGGGUCAGCCUCUACCAUUCCGAGAUGGAGCCAAUGGUGCUUUCCACGAGGCCAUCGGGGAAGUCAUCGCACUGUCCGUAUCGACACCAAAGCACCUCCAGGAAAUCGGGCUGUUUGAGGGUUUAGAUGAAGGGGACACGGAAACCGAUAUAAACUUUCUUCUCAAGACGAGUUUGGCAGCCAUCGCGACUUUGCCGUUCAGUCUCGCGUUGUCGCAGUGGAGAUGGGAUCUGAUGAGGGGAGAAUACGAUGUCGACAACUGUAUGGGACCUUGGUGGAAACUCAGAAACGAUCUCACAGGCGUAGACGCACCGAUUGAACGUACCGAAGAUGAUUUCGACCCAGGAACGAUCAAUCAUAUUAUCAUUGAUUAUCCUUUUAUCGGGUACUUCAUCCGCACGAUCCUCCAGUUUCAGUUUUACCAAAGUCUUUGUCACGUGGCAAAUCACACUGGCCCGCUUCAUACAUGUGACUUCUACAAUUCAAAAGAAGCUGGACAGAAACUCGGUAACAUGCUGGCGAUGGGAAGGAGCAAACCAUGGCCGGAUGCAAUGGAGGCCCUCACUGGUCAACGUGAGAUGAAAGCAGACGCGAUCUUGGAAUAUUUCCAGCCUCUCAUGGAAUGGCUAGAACGAACGAAUGCUGAAAACGGAGAGGUGAUCGGAUGGCCCACUUCCAAUGCAGCUGCAAGCGUGAAUUUAUCGAAGAGUAUCCUCUGUCUACUAGUUCUUCCCCUCUUGGCCUGGUUGCUGAUACAGCCACGGACUUGUUGAUUAACUGUUACCAAUUUUUUCAUCUCGUCAAUCACAAUUAUUAUCAGAUGACUGACACGCAUUGUAUAGCUUAUAUAGCCCAUUUUUUUUCAUUUUAACUGCUUUUUGUUAUGCAUACUUCAAGUGCAAGUGAGUAA